AGAGUGGAGGAGGAGGCCUCGAGACUUGCUCGUCGGCUCUGCUCUGCUCUGGUCUGGUCUGCUGCAGCCAAAUGUGCAGCUACUGAGAGAGGGUGGGUAAAAUUCGGGGGUGCAAACUUCAGUAGAACAAGGGAAGCAUGGCAAAGGUCCAGCAAGGAGAGCAAUAAAUGGUGAUACAGCCAACGGUCCCUCGAAGUAUGUCUCGCGCAAGAAGCAUCCAUAAGCCAGGAGGUUGUUCGGAGCUCAUUAAUAUCGGCGACCGUGCACUGCCUGCAACCCACGGAGGAACAAAUCAUCGCACAAAAUGCCAGAGAAGCAUGCAAAAGCUCCUCCACGGCUAGACUCCCUGCUUGCUUGCUCGAUUUGCUCUGCUCGGACCUUGUGGACGCUCGUGAGAGAGGAGGCUACGGAGCUCAUGUUAGUGCAGGGGCAGAAGAAUUGGGACGUGUUGUGCCGGUGAUUGUUCGCCUCGACGAACGAUGGCAGUUGCUUGCUGCGUUCCGAAAUGUGCAGGAGGAGCGGCAGCAGGAUGUGCGAUCCUACUAGACAAUUGACGAGAAACAAGAGAGGAACGUGAGUGCAGAGGACGCACUGCCGUGCAUUGCUUUGCAAGUCCAGUUUAUUCUGCGAGUGUGGACUCUCGGACUGUCCACCAGAGAGAUCGAGAGCUAGCGAUAGGUCGUCGGCGGUAGCUAGGAACUCGAGUGAUUGUCAGGUUUGGCUGUUUUCUCAGCAGUCCUACAGGGUGAUUGGGUGCAGAAGACAAGAACAGGAGGAUAGUAGAGGAGGAGUCCGGGUUGGGACAAGAAAUGUUGCACAUUGUCGAAGUGCGGAGUAAAGAGGAGGCAGCAUGAGAAACCUCUCCACGGUUUUAGCAGAUUGCCGAAACUCCAGGUCAGUUUUAGACAGGACAGGGGGAGCUGAGGAAUUCGUCAGUGUCAGGAAGCAGGCGUUUCUGCGUAGCGGAGCCGGUGCAAUCGAGUGCAGUGGAAUGAGCUGAGCAUCUCGGUCUCAGCUGUGGCGCUCAGUCGAAAAGGGGAGAGAGAAAUCAACAUGAGUAGCUCGAGAUCAGACAAAACCGAGGGCACUCACCAGUCCAUCUAUGUGGACAGGGAUCAAGCAGAUGACAUGAGAGUGUUCGUGACUCGGGACACGGCCAAUCAAGCGCUCCAGUCCAUCAUCCAGGUGCAUUUCGAGAAGACCUUAGAGAAGAAGCGGCAGGUCGACUUGCAGAAAAAGGAGCUAUGGAAGCUGUUCAUGGUGUUCUAUCUGUUUCUGGCGAUUCUACUGGUGGGUGUUCUGCUUUCCAAUCGCCUCAAAUGUCGUCAUUCUUGGCCCCCCAUAGCUCUCUGCGCUCUGGCUCACAUUAUAUUCUACGUCGCAAUGGCUCAAACCCUGAGAGCCGUGAAUGGAUUUAAGUACCAACGCAGAUGCCACAAGCUCACUCUCGCUCUGGCCACCGAGAAGCUGAAAGCUCUCAGAGGAAAUCCCGCAGACUCGGUGUCAGAGGAAGACUUCGAAGUUCACUACCAGGAACCGCACGACGACUACCUGAACAAAUUCCAGCGCAAGUGGGCUCUGUUCACAUUGUUCCUCACCGCGACGUUCGCAGUCAUGGUGUCCGGAAUUGCGACCACCCUUUGCAUCUGAUCAGCUGAAACCCACCAUCAUUCACGACUUCGGUCACUCUGCCCCUCGACCGCCAUUUUGAUAGAUGCGGAGCCUUGAUAGUGGUGCCGUGUUCGACUCGACUACCAGUGGAGAGCUCUCAUGGAGUAGAGUAGAUAGUCAGACAUUCGUGGGCUAGCGAGUCAUGAGUGCAGGCUCCGGGAACGACAUCAAGGCAGAUGGGUAGCAAACAGAAUAGAGAGAAGGCUUCGGGACAGAUGAUCAAACAUAUGAUGAAACCUGCAGAUCCUCCUCGACCGGUGAUUCGGCAGCGGAAAGGGCGACAUAGAGGUAGACAUAGCGCUCGUGGCUUUCAAUUUGAAGAUUAUAUCACAUUGCGCAAUGGCUCGGGGGCUAGGUUGUUGGCCGAGAGCUGGUAGAGAAGCUGUUACUCAGGAUGACUCAUUUCUACAACUUUAGAUCAAAUUUUAGUUGAACAAACUCACAGCGGUGCUGGUCGCGACUGCAAUCUCCUGACUAUAAGGCCGACCUUACGAGAUCUUUGUUUCAGUUCCAGAAUUUAGAAUCUGGUAGGCAGAGCUGAUUGAUGAUGUUGCCGAGAAAAGCCUGGCCAGAAAGAUCGCAGACAGUUAGAGCCGAGGUGGUGUUGGAGAAUGUCUGCUGUUCCUUGAAGAUUGAGUUAUUCGUGUGGAUCUAAACAAUGGAAUCAUAGAUCAAGAUUUCUGAACUUUUUCUCCACGAGAUGACUUCGGUGUAUCGACGUCUUUAGAUUUUCAUUCAGCCACAAAUCACAGUUUCGACUGCAUGCUUCUACUUCUGGGUGAUGGUUCUAUGUGUGUCGUCCUCAUGUUUUCUAUUCUGUUACCAGAUGGAGAGGAUGUACUAGGCGUAACAAGACUGCACAUUAAAAUUCGAUUGUUCCAUGGCUAGUUUGCAGCAUCGAAAGUUCCUUACAUGCCCUGGCUCCACAGUACUAUUCUCUUCUCAAUCAAUUGUUUAUAUGGAAUAUGC